AUGUCGUCGUCCGGAGCUCCCCCCGCUACCCCCGCACCCGAAGACCUCCCCUUCGGUCCCGUGUCCCGGCAUAUCACGACCCACGACGCCAACGGUCGCGCCGUCUUCUCCGAUGCCUUUCCCGUCGAGGUCACAGCGGACCCAAUGACUAACAUGUACUUCCACACUUGCUACACAACCUCUGAGUCCCCCGUCAACAUGGACAACGAGAAGGACCUCUCAGCCUACGCCCCGAACCACCCGCGCAUGCCCUCCCUCCACCUGCCCUCGGGCUCUGUCCUGCGCGUCGUCGACUUCGGUCCCCAGACGGGGCCCAUGAUGCACCGCACCGAGUCGUGCGACUACGGCAUCGUGCUCAAGGGCGAGAUCGAGUGCUACCUAGACGACGGGGCGAAGCGCACGCUCAGGGAAGGGGAGAUUAUGAUUCAGAGGGGUACCAUGCACGGGUGGAAGAACGCGACGGACCAGUGGGCGCGGGUGAUUUUCUGUCUGCAGCCUUCGGAACCCGUGAGGGUUGCUGGGAAGGUGAUGGAGGAUGAUAUCCCGUUUAUCAAGGUCUCGCCCGACAGGCAGGCGGACUAUGAAAAGUUUAUGGCGGAGCAGGCUGCGAAGAAGAAGAAGGCAGAGGGGAAGAUUUGA